UGGGCUAGGGUUCUUCUAGCGAGGGUUUGGUUCGCAGGUAGCUAUGGCGGCCACGGCGCCGGCGUUCCAGCUCGCGCCGCGCUGCCCGUCCGGUCGGAUUUCGCGAUCAGCGCGGGGGCGCGCGAUUCUGAUCAAUUGCUGUGCGGAUCGUAGCAGCAAUGGGAGUGUAGCUACAUGGCCGCGGAUCGAGCAGGAGCAUUCCAAUGCGGUGAUCAGGGCGUCGGCGGAGUCGCUGCAGUACGAAGCUGGAUUUGUAGGUGGGAUUUCGGAGAAGACGAGGCUUGGUGGAUCUAGCGAGAGGGAUUCCAUGGCCUACUUGACGAAGAUCUUGACGGCCAAUGUGUAUGAUGUGGCGAUCGAGUCGCCACUGGAGCCGGCGGUGAAGCUGAGCGAAAAGCUGGGUGUCCAGGUUUUGCUCAAGCGAGAGGAUCUCCAGCCGGUUUUUUCUUUCAAGCUGCGGGGGGCGUACAAUAUGAUGGUCCAGCUCACAAAAGAGCAACGUGACCAGGGAGUGAUCUGCUCUUCCGCGGGAAACCACGCGCAAGGAGUUGCAUUGUCCGCUCAAAGGCUUGGUUGCGAUGCAGUCAUAGCGAUGCCUGUCACCACACCAGAAAUCAAGUGGCAAUCAGUCAAGCGUCUCGGUGCCACCGUUGUACUCGUCGGUGAUUCAUACGAUGAAGCUCAAGCGUAUGCAAAGCAACGGAGCCUGGAGGAAGGACGGAUUUUUAUUCCACCCUUCGAUAAUCCAGAGAUAAUUGCUGGACAGGGAACUGUCGGCAUGGAGAUCGUUAGGCAACACCAAGGGCCGCUCCAUGCAGUUUUCGUUCCAGUUGGAGGAGGGGGACUUAUAGCUGGUAUAGCAGCCUAUAUGAAACGCAUAAGACCUGAAGUCCAAAUAAUUGGAGUUGAGCCCACGGAUGCCAACGCCAUGGCAUUGUCCCUCCACCACGGAACUCGGGUGCAGCUAGAUCACUGUGGGAUUUUUGCAGAUGGUGUCGCCGUAAAGCUCGUUGGAGAAGAGACAUUCAGGCUUUGCAGGGAAUACGUGGAUGGCAUUGUCCUUGUGAGCCGUGAUGCCAUUUGUGCUGCUAUCAAGGACAUGUUUGAAGAGAAGAGAAGCAUUCUAGAACCUGCGGGAGCUUUGGCAAUUGCUGGUGCCAAGGCGUACUGUAACUACUAUGGUUUGAAAAAGGAAGCAGUGGUUGCUGUUACUAGUGGUGCAAACAUGAACUUUGACAGGCUAAGGAUUGUAACGGAGCUUGCCGACGUCGGUGCUUCUAAGGAGGCUGUUCUUGCGAUUAUCAUGGCGGAAAUACCUGGAUCGUUCAAGAGACUCGUUGAAGAAGUCGGGCCUGUGAACAUCACUGAGUUUCGAUAUCGCUAUUCUGAUUCGCGAACUGCCCUUGUCCUCUGCAGCGUGGGUGUUCACAAGGAGCAAGAGCUUCAGGCUUUGAAACGGCGAUUGAAAGAGGCCGGUCUUAUGGUAAUUGACAUGACUUCGAAUGACCUUGUCAAGGAUCAUCUCCGGCAUUUGAUCGGUGGCCGUGCCAUUCUCAAGGACGAGCUCUUGUACCGAUUUAUAUUUCCAGAGAGGCCCGGGGCGCUGAGAAAGUUUCUGGACACGUUUACACCACGCUGGAACAUCAGUCUCUUCCAUUACAGGGCGCAGGGCCAAGUUGGGGCCAACGUUUUGAUCGGCAUCCAGGUCCCUCCGGAAGACGAGCAAGAGUUCAAGCGUUGUGCCGUAGAAUUGGGCUACGAGUUCCAAGACGAGUGCAAAAACGAAGCUUUUCAGCUCAUGAUGUCCACAUGAGAUUCCAGGUUCUUGUGUUCACAGUAAAUGUUUUCGUGAACUUCAGGCGAUUGUUGGGUGUUGUGUGUGUGUUUCCAGCGUCUUGCUUGAUCGAACUAAAGAAAAACUUCGUUUCUCCUCUCAAAUGAUCUUCGCUUUUGUUUGAAUCGAAAAUCCCCAUUUAAACUC